GAAUUUCGUCGCGUGCUCUUAGUCUUGCGAUGCCAAUUCUGAAGGAUGAGGACAGCUAAUACUCUGUGCCGUAGAGGCACAACUCUUCCAGGGCUCUUAGCUCGAAGCCGCCUCCCUCGAACACGAUCUUUUGCGACACCCUCCUUCGACAAUUCGAACCCCCGAAUACCACCAUACCUCAAGCUAGUCAAGAACUACGAAAAGGUCAAAGAGGUGCUAGGAAAAGGCACUGCCCUUACUCUGGCAGAGAAGAUCCUAUACAGCCACCUUGACAAUGUCGAAGAGUCACUCUUAACGAAUACAAAUGGCGGCCGCAACAUUCGAGGAACGGCGAACCUCAAGCUCAAGCCAGAUCGCGUGGCUAUGCAAGACGCCUCAGCGCAAAUGGCCCUUCUACAAUUCAUGACGUGCAAUCUGCCCUCGACGGCAAUCCCCGCUAGUAUACAUUGCGACCACUUAAUUGUGGGUGAGCGCGGCGCGCAAUCUGACUUGGAAACCGGUAUCAAGAUGAAUCAGGAGGUUUUCGACUUUUUGGAAUCUGCGGCUAAGAAAUAUGGAAUCGAGUUUUGGCCCCCGGGUGCUGGUAUUAUUCACCAGAGCGUCUUGGAAAAUUACGCUGCUCCGGGUUUGAUGAUGCUAGGAACAGACAGUCACACCCCCAACGCCGGAGGACUUUCGACUAUCGCCAUUGGUGUUGGUGGUGCUGACGCUGUCGAAGCUCUCGUCGGUGCGCCUUGGGAGUUGAAAGCCCCCAAGGUUCUGGGUGUAAAGUUGGUAGGCAAACUAAGCGGCUGGGCAUCCCCUAAGGACAUCAUUCUUAACCUUGCAGGCCAACUAACAGUACGCGGUGGUACUGGCUUCAUAAUCGAGUACUUCGGUCCCGGCGUGCAGACUCUAAGUUGCACCGGCAUGGCCACGACUACAAAUAUGGGAGCCGAGGUCGGCGCUACGACUUCCAUCUUCCCCUUUAGUCCAGCUCACGUGCGAUAUUUGGAGGCAACACACCGACACGACGUAGCGGCGGAAGCGAAGAAGUUCUCAGACAUCGUUCAGCUCAGAGCUGACGAGGGCGCGCAGUACGACGAGGUUAUCACUAUUGACCUGUCCUCAUUAGAACCCCAUGUCAACGGUCCUUUCACUCCGGAUUUAUCUACGCCCAUUUCUCAGUUUAAGCAAACUGUGCAGGAACAAAACUGGCCCGAUAAGCUAUCUGCGGGAUUAAUCGGUAGCUGUACGAAUAGUUCGUAUGAAGAUAUGACACGUGUAGAAGGUAUGGUUCGUGAAGCAAUGGAGGCCGGCUUAAAGCCCGCAUCUGAUUUCUAUAUCACGCCCGGAAGUGACCAGAUUAGAGAAACAUUACGACGAGACGGACCUCUAGACACGUUCAAAGAAGCAGGUGGUACCCUACUAUCAAACGCAUGCGGUCCUUGCAUUGGCCAAUGGAAGCGACAGGAUGGUGUUGAAAAGGGUACCCCUAACGCAAUUUUCACCUCCUAUAACCGAAACUUCCGCGGUCGUAAUGAUGGAAAUCCCGACACUAUGAAUUUCCUCGCGUCGCCCGAAAUAGUCACAGCCAUGGCCUUUGCUGGCACAACGACUUUUAACCCGGUGACCGACUCACUUCCCACUCCAUCCGGCAAGGAAUUCCGAUUUACCCCACCUUCCGGUCUCGAAAUCCCAUCUCAACCAUUCGAAAUUGCACGGGAAGAAUUCCGUCCCUUGACACAAGCCCCCGAUGCAUCCGUAACCGUAGCUAUCUCACCAACAUCCGAACGUCUAGCCCUUCUCGAACCUUUCGACCCCUUCCCAGCUUCCGAACUCGAGGGUCUCCGCGUAUUAGUCAAGGUCACCGGUAAAUGCACAACAGAUACCAUCUCAGCAGCCGGUCCUUGGUUAAAGUACAAGGGCCAUUUACCUAACAUCAGCGCGAACACGCUUAACACCGCGAUUAACGCUGAGACCGGCGAAGUCAACGUCGCGUACGACUUAGACGGAUCUAAGCAUACCAUCCCCGAAUUAGGACAGCGCUGGAGAGAAGCCGCACGACCAUGGCUCGUGGUAGCGGAGCAUAACUACGGCGAAGGAAGUGCGCGUGAACACGCUGCGCUCCAGCCCCGAUAUCUAGGUGCUAGGAUUGUCCUUUCGAAGAGUUUCGCGCGUAUCCACGAGACAAACCUCAAGAAACAGGGUGUAGUACCAUUAACGUUUGCCGACGAAGCAGAUUACGACAAGAUUGCUGCUGGUGAUGAGGUUUCUACUGUGGGUCUAUAUGAGAUGUUACAGAACGGCGGCAAAGGCGAGGUAGCACUGAAGGUGAAGAAAAAUAAGAGUGGGGAGGAGUUCUUGAUUAAGACUAAGCAUGCCGUAAGCAAGGACCAGGCGGGUUUCAUUUUAGCAGGAAGUGCGUUAAACCUGCUGUCUAAACGGUGAUCCCAAAGAUUAGACGGAGAUAGUCUAGGGAUGAAGGGGGAUUGAGGGACGGAUGAGCAAAUAUUUAUCGAUACGAUUUAUGAAGGCAAUGGUGUGUAUAGCUUCAUGUUUAUACGACAUAUCUAGAUAAAAGUUUGGUGGGAGGAUAUAAAAAAAAUCAAGGGAGUUAAAUACAAUAAAAAGGAAAAUAAAUUACGAUCUUAAACAUAAA